AUGGAUUGGGACAACGUAGCUGCUGAGGAUGUGAUUGAGGCGCUUAGAGAAGUUGAAUGGUCGACUCCUCCCAAGGAUGCUUGCAGCUAUAGAACCAAUUACUUUAUCCUUGUGAUUUUCCUUCUGGGUCUUGCGCUUAUCACAAGACCUCUGGCUAUUGUGGGUGCUGCUCUCACAGCCUUAAGCAUAGCUUUUCUUAAUGACAGUUUUGCAGCUAGUUUUAAUGAGAAGUUUAUCAGGACUAUUAGGCAUUUCUCCCCACACUUAGCUGCAAAAAUGAGGCCUCCCCACAUGCCUGUCAUCCGUGGAAGAUCAGCAGCAAGAAAGACAGUAUACGUUUGUGGCAAACCACGAUGGGUGUUCGUUGUUGUUCUCCUUACAGCCAGUCUUGUCAUGUGGUUUUCUUCCUGCGGUUUGUUGUGGGUCCUCUAUGCACUUCUCACUUCCCUCGUUGUGAUUGUUCUUCACGCGAGUGUGAGAACUCCAAACCUCAAAGCACGCUUGAACACAUUCCGCGAAGAAUUUCGAGCUGUCUGGCGUAACUACAGUGAACUUUGAGCACAGGACUGCUACAAUCUAGGAGCAAACGGAGGCUGUUAAUCUGAAGUGAACAUCCUUUCGUUAAGUCAGAUGAUGGCAUAUACGGCUCUCAGUUUCAUGGUUAAGAUGGGUUAAUGGCUGUUCUGUCGCAGACAAAAUAGAUUCACUUGAAAUACUGACAUACUUGACCAAGAUACUUCUUCUAAUUGUUGUAGUGAUGUUUAUACUUUUCAAACUAUUUCAGUGAUUUGACUUCACGAUA